CCCAGGGCAAGUCUAUUUUCAGUUUUCCACUGCUGGUCUGAGUUAGGAAACGAGAGAAAGAGGAAAUGUCGGGAAGAGGAAAGGGAGGCAAAGGGCUGGGAAAGGGAGGAGCAAAGAGGCACAGGAAGGUGUUGAGAGAUAACGAAAUGUCGGGAAGAGGAAAGGGAGGCAAAGGGCUGGGAAAGGGAGGAGCAAAGAGGCACAGGAAGGUGUUGAGAGAUAACAUUCAAGGCAUCACCAAACCGGCCAUUCGCAGGCUCGCUCGUAGAGGAGGCGUCAAGCGUAUCAGUGGUCUCAUUUAUGAAGAGACUAGAGGCGUACUCAAGAUCUUCCUUGAGAAUGUGAUUCGCGAUGCUGUUACUUACACUGAACAUGCUCGUAGAAAGACAGUAACCGCCAUGGAUGUUGUCUACGCUCUCAAGAGGCAGGGUCGCACUCUCUAUGGUUUUGGCGGUUAAUUUUGUAUUUUUAGUUUCCUAGUCCGUUUAGAUUUUCGUAUUUUGUGUUCAAUUCAGUUUUCUGUGUAAAUCAAGUGGUAGAUCUGAAUUUUUUUUUAUGGACUCUUUUCGAAAACGUUUCUUUA